AUGGAAGCAAAAUCAGUUUUCCUGUAUAUUAUUCUUGCUUCAAUCUUUUUAGUGUGCCAUUCAGAAGAUGUAAAACUUAAUGUGAAAGUGAUAACAUCAAUAGCCAAUACAGAUGAAAAUUUUAUCUGUGCAACUCUAGAUUGGUGGCCUUCUAAUAAGUGUGAUUAUGGUCAAUGUCCUUGGGGACAAGCGGGGAUUCUCAAUUUGGAUUUGGAUAACAACAUUCUGAUAAAUGCUAUGAAAGCAUUUAACCCUCUAAGAAUCCGAUUAGGAGGGUCACUAGAAGAUCAAGUGGUGUAUAGAUUUAGACAUCCAAAAAAUUGCCCAAGAUUCACAAAGAACCAAGAUGGCCUGUUUGGAUUUAGCUCUGGAUGUCUUAAUCAUACUAGAUGGGAUCAAAUCAAUGACUUGUUCAACAAAACCGGAGUCAAACUCACAUUUGGGUUGAAUGCUCUUUAUGGAAAGAAGAGAUCCAUGGAUGACAAAGUUCUCUGGGUUGGUAAUUGGAACCCACAUAAUGCUGCUACCCUCAUGGCUCACACUGUUUUAAAAGGAUACAAAAUUGAUUCGUAUGAAUUAGGAAAUGAGCUAUGUGGUGAUGGCAUUGGUGCCAGAAUAGAAAGUGUGCAAUAUGCAAAAGAUAUCACUGAGCUUAGAAAAUUAGUUAAUAUGUUUUACCCAAAUCCCACUACAAGACCGCAAGUGCUAGCCCCGGGUGGUUUCUAUAAGAAGGAAUGGUUUGAUAGUUUCUUGCAAAAUACAGCACCUAAUGUUGUUGAUGGAGUUUCCCACCAUAUUUACAACUUGGGUGCUGGUGUGGAUAAGACUUUGAUUAACAAGGUGCAAGAUCCAUUUUUUCUAAGCCAGGUUGCUCAAACAUUCAAAGAUAUAUCAACAAGUGUGAAAGAGUAUGCACCAUGGGCUCAAGCAUGGGUUGGUGAAUCUGGAGGAGCCUAUAACAGUGGAGGCAAAGACGUAUCACAUACCUUUGUCAAUGGCUUCUGGUAUUUGGAUCAACUAGGCAUGACAUCAACCUUCAACCACAAAGUUUACUGUAGGCAAACAUUGAUAGGAGGAAACUAUGGUUUGCUUAAUACAACAUCAUUCAUUCCUAACCCAGAUUAUUAUGGAGCUUUACUAUGGCAUCGGCUUAUGGGAACCAAAGUACUCUCUGUAAAUCAUGAAGGCUCACCAUAUCUACGUGCAUAUGCUCAUUGUGCCAAGAAUAAGGCUGGUGUGAGCAUAUUACUAAUAAACAUGUCGAAUUCUACUUCCUUCAAUGUGUCUAUUAAUAUGGACAUGAAUUUGUACCCAGAGCAACAAGUGUCAAACUUAGAGGAGAGGGAGGAGUACCAUUUGACUCCCAAGGAUGGAAACAUUCAAAGUGACGUUGUGUUAUUGAAUGGAAAAGUUUUGAGUUUGACUGAGUCUCAAGAUAUUCCCUCCAUGGAUCCAGUGCUUGUAGAUCCUUUUUCUCCAAUCACUGUUGCUGCUGAUUCCAUUGUUUUUGCACGGCUCAUCAACCUUAAUGCACCUGCUUGUGCAUAG